CGUUAUUCCUCGUCGCACGGGAAUUGCUUUAUAGAACCUGUAUUUCAAUGCCUCAGAAUAUACACCAUAAGAAUGGACUCCAGCUGCCGAAAGGAAGUGGGCCGCUGGGACUGAGUUCGCUCCAGCACACCGUCCCCAGCCCCAGUAUCCUGAACGGCAUCGUUGUCUUUUCCGGCGGGAGCGCCGCAAACAAUCUCGUAGAUGUCUUUGAGAGCGUCCGGGAAGCCAAUCACUUCAAACUCAGCUACGUGAUUCCCAUCUCGGACAAUGGCGGAAGUAGCAGCGAGCUGAUCCGUGUUUUCGGAGGCCCAGGUAUAGGAGAUGUGAGAUCUCGGUUGGUACGACUUAUCCCCAAUGACGGCAGCGAGGAAACGGCGGCCAUCAAGCAUUUCUUCAAUCACCGUCUGCCGAAAGUCUACGCUGAGGCGAGAGCGGAGUGGUUCGAGAUCUUGGAAGCGUCACACCCACUCUGGGACGACAUCUCUUCGCCAAAGCGGGAGCUUAUUCGCUCGUACUUGAACAGUUUCAAUCUCGAAGUCGUCAAACGAAUGAGGCCUAGUAGUCGAUUUGACUUCUCCGGGGCGAGCAUAGGUAACCUGUUCCUCACAGGCGCCAGGGUCUUCACUGGUAGCUUUGAGGCAGCCGUCUACCUCUUGAGCUCUAUAUGCUCAGUUCCGGACCGUAUCGCCGUCUUGCCAGCGCUCAAUACCAACUUUGCGCUUCAUAUCGCCGCCGGUUUAAAUGAUGGCACAGUAAUCACUGGGCAGAACGACAUCUCGCACCCCAGCGCGCCCACAGCUGCGGUCCCGGGAACCAGCGCCGGGAUGCACAGUCCCGUGUCGACGAGACACGACACGUGGGAACAUGACAAAGUUGAAGAUGCUAACCUCCCUGGCACGCUACCUGCACUGAGACGGCCUGCCAUUGUCUUUUCCAAGGAACAGGAAGAAGACCUCCCGUCCAGGAUUGACCGGAUAUGGUACAUCAAUCCGUACGGCGAGGAGAUCAAGAUUCCUGCCAACCCGCGAGUCUUAGAUGCACUUCACUCCACAAACAGCUUAGUUUACUGCAUCGGAUCCCUCUUUACGUCCAUUAUACCUAGUCUUGUCCUCCGUGGCGUAGGUCAGGCUAUCUCUAGUCCCAUGAUCCGAAACAAGAUCCUGAUACUCAACGGCACGACCGAUCGCGAAACCGGACCAUCCGCCAACCCGUUCUCGGGCUUGGACUUUGUGGCUGCCAUUUCCAACGCCUGCGCCGACUCACGGGGUCUCCCUAAGCCGGAUGAGGACGACUACUGCCAGUAUGUCACACAUGUCAUUUACAUCGAGGGGCCAAACUCGCCAAAGGUGGACAAGCAACGGUUUGGGCAGCUGGGGAUCGACGCGACAAGGCUUUACGGCCCGAAAGACGAAGCGGGAAGGGGUGGGAGGUACGAUGCGAAGGCUCUGGCACAGGCCCUUGAAUCUAUCAUCGGCAGAAAGGAUACCCGUUCGGAUAGGAGCCGGCGCAACACAUUGGUGGGCUGAUCAUGGUGGGGAUGAAAGCGACUCAACUACUCAAUCCAGUUGAUACCGAUAUAAGGUAUUGAUUCCGCAUUUGCGGCAGGUAGUAUUAUUGAUCCUCGAGGCAUGAUGACCAUAGAAAGGUGGCACACAGAGUCU